CAGGGAGUUCUGCCGGCUGGUCUGCUCUUCAAGCUUUGGACUCAGACAGGGGCCUCCGGCUGCCCCAGGCAGCCCAGAAUCGAAGCCCCAAGCCGGGCAGGCCCCUGCUGGGGCCCCUCACCAGACUGCAGGCCGGGCCCCUGCUCUGGGCGUCCCCCUUUCUUUUGUUCUGCGAUCCAACUUAAAAGGAAACCUGGUCCAGUGCUGGCCUCAGGCCCAGGACAUCUCUGCGACAGAGCCACCUUUGCCCACCGUCCUGGCCGCCUCGGAGCUGUGGCCUGGCCCCCCUGCCCCCCACCAACAUUUGGCCCGGAUGUUGAAGCCAAUGACACCAUGGUCACCAGAGGCUCAGAAAGGCUUGUCCCUCACAGGGUGACACUUUCUGGGGUGAGCAGGUGCUGGAGACUCAGGGUGACAGUUGACUUUGGGGUUCACGGUGCAGGUGAGUUCGUCUGCUGAGGGUCCCCGAUGCUGGCCUGGCUCCUGUGCUUGAAUGUCCGUGGUUCCCAGGGAGGGGCUCCCGGACACCCCAGGUGGCUCAGACUCAGCCCCGCUCGCCUCGCCUCCACAGGGGUGGAACCCGACCCCAACCCGAGGGCGGCCUCCCCAAACCCUGUCUGCCUGUCCCCCCCCAGCAGCUGCUCUUCACGGAGCGCGUGCUGGACAGGACAGGGGUCAGCAGAGGGCUCUGCCAGCCAGACAGCCACGGUCAGGAGGCCCUGCCCGACCUUGGGUCUCGCCAAGGACACCGGCCUCUGCGGUGCAUGGCUGACAGCAGCCGCCUUUGUUCUCUGGCUCCGGGUUUGUAGCCACGCAUGGCCGGGAGGCCGCGGGCCCUGUGGCGUGUCGGGAGACAGACUUCAAGGUCGACGGGGCCGCAGCUCAGGCCCUGGGUGACAGCCCAGAUCAUGGGGAGCAGGAAGUCUUUGUUUCUGAGGACAGCGAAGUGUGUGGUGAUUGACAGGUUUUCGUGGUGACCUCAGAGGGCCGUCUGGGCACGUCGAACGCUUACUUGUCGAAGGGGCGGACGGUUAACCACACGUCCGGCGUUGCUGUGCACCUCAGCCCUCGAGGGGGAUGCAUGAGGUACAGGCAGUUUCUGGGGACCCUUUCCCGGAGGUGAGCGGGUGGCCUGUCUGGAGCUGGGACCCCGCCUGCCUGGGCAGCUGCCCUUUUUGGGGUGUGAGGUGGCCCCCAGCCCAGACUGUCCCCAAGUCAGUGGCCUCACUCACUUGGCACUGAGAGGGGCGCCAGGAGGGUGAGGGUUCUGGUGUCCUGGCCUCCCUGAUGCCUGGGCCGUGCAGCAAGGGGACGCGGAGGACUCGGGAGCCUGGUGGGUGGGCCACCUGCCACCCGGGCCCCUGCUGCCCGGCUGAUGUUCCCUCCAGCCUCGGUGGGCAUGGGCGGGUUCUGGGGGGGUGUCCCUGCUGAACCAGGGAAGCAGCGAGGCUGUGGUCCCCAAGGCAGGGCACUCUCUGAGGCCCCCACCCUGUGCCUGGAGGCCUCGGCUGGAACCGGCUGGGCCCUGGGCCGUGCCGGGUGGGGCCCUGGGCACCGCCAUUCCCGGCCUCCCAGCCCCAUCACGACCUGCCUCCUCGGCUGAUUAGUGAGCACAGGGUCGAAGGUUUACCCCCAGGGCCCCCUCUCAGACUGGCUCAGGGUGGCCAUAUUCGGGCACAUGGCUGAUGCGCCUCCUGGGACGCCCAGCGGUGCACAGACUGGUCCCCAGUGAACCAGGCUUCUGCUGGGAAGAGAGAUGGGGGCCAGGAGGCCAGGCACCCCUCACUCCUCCGGCCCACUCUGCACCCCCGAGGCCUCUCCUGGCUUCUAAGAACGACUCCUUCCCUGCAGGUGAGAGAGGGUCUCGGCCCUUUUCCCUGCACAGUCCCAGGAGAAGGGUGUCGUGAAGGUCCUGGAACUUCUGGUCUGAAACUGCCCCCAGACCUACCCUGCACCCCCUUGGCCCCCCAGCAGAUGUGGGUCUUCAGACUUCAUCACCCCCGCACUUCGAAAUGCACAGAAAUGUGGGUUUCCCAUCAGCGAAGCCCUUUUUACAGAUAACCUUGGGGAGGGCGCUCUGUGAUCACACAGAACUCGGGAGGAACCGCGCGGAGCCGGCGGUGCAGAGGGCCUUCUGCCGCCCCACCGCAUGUUGGGCCCACAGGGCAGAGUGACCUGCCUCCGUCCUUCUGGUGGCUCCUCCGCAGCUGCACACCUGGCCUCCACCCCCCACAGGUCCUCCUUCCCGCCCGCCCCGGGCCACAUCCUCAGGAGCAGAGUGCCAGAACAUGGGAGGUGACAGACUACAGGUGGGGGUGGGGGGUGCUCAGAGGGAGGUGCGGGCUGGGCACCGCCCACAUCCAGCUGGGGACCGAGGGGGAGAGGACGCCGGCCAUGGGGCCCCUCAGGCAGAGCCCUGGCAGGGGACUGAUUGGUCCCUGGUAGGGAGUGAGCUCCCUGCCACCAGAGGUACGCAAGCAGAGGUGCUGGGCUUCCUGGUGGGGCUACUUUCCAGGGUCCCAGGCAGGUGCUGGCCAGCAGCAGGAGGAGGCUCUCGGGCGGGCGGUGCCCGCUGAGCCGUGGCCGCUUUGCGCAGCCUGCUGCAGCGGCGCCGCCGCCUCCUAAAACGUGGUAAUUAAAAUCCUCUCUGCGCACCGCCGUAAAUCUGGGCGGCACAGCUUUCUUGUAAAAACGACACUGCGAGAUGUUUCCAGAUGCAGGUCUCAUCCGCAUCACACUCGGACAGCCCCAGACACGCGGCCUCGGCUCCCUGCUGGCGCCGCUGCGGCUUCUGGGGGUGGGGGAGCACCUCACGCAGCCCCCGGCCCCCCGUCCUUCCCGGACGCUGGCAUUGCCACCUCUGCCGGGCGCCCCCCUCCUGGGAGCCUGGUCAUGGGCCUCGGGCUGCCACCCCGCCCUGGCCACCCCCACUGACUGCUGACCUGCUCAGAGCUCCCCGCCCAGCGCCGGGCCCCCCCGGGACUUGGGAGCAAGACGGCCCUCAGAUGGGGGUUUUGGGGGGUCACACCCACUGGUCUUGUCCUGCGGUGGGCACGGGGUACAUGUCCUGUCUACUCUGCUGGGAAUUGAUGGUGCGGCUCAUCCUGCCCUUGUGGGGACGCUGACAGCUGCCAUCCAGUGUCACCAGGAAGGGUAGGGUGUGACUGUCCCCCAUAACGCCCGUGGUGACGGUGGUCCCUCUCCUUGGGACAGGCGCUGCCGGGCCUGAGCUCCCAGCAGCCCUCUGAGUGGGACAGUGAGGAAACUGAGGCUGGGCUAGGUUACAGCUGCCUCCAGGGGCAGAGUGCACCAUGCAGGGUCAGGGCAAUCUGGGAGGUCACGGCUGGAUCCCCUCCCCUGCUCCUGUGUCCCCUGGCUCGGUGCUGCGAAGGCCUGUGCUGAAGGUUCCCUCCCCAGGUGCAGGGGGGGCAGGGAGGGGCUGGGAGGGGGUGAGAAGUCCACAAGCUCUGUCCAUGCACCCCUCCCCCACCGACAGGCCUCCCCUCUGCACCCUGAAACCUGUCCUUAAACACAGCUUUGUUUACAUAAAAUAAUUCAUGUACCAUGAAGUUCACAUACCUCACAGUCACCCGCUGAAGGUGCAGCUCGACAGUGCUCAGCAGGUUCACAGGCAGACGCCUCCGUCACCAGCUCACGCCGGUCCUUGCCGUCCCCUUGAAAAGAGCCCCCCGCACCCCGGUCCCCCACGCCCCGUGCCCAGCCCUGCACCCCGGCCGCUGCGCCCCCACGGACCUGCCCCCACUGGGCUUCCGCGGCCUCUUCAGUUCGAGCGGCUGCAGCCUCCUGUCUGUGGCGGCCACAUGACCCUCCUGGCGUGGGCGCUGGGCCAGCUGUGCAGCCCUGCUCAGGGACACGCAAUGGAUGCUCAGCGUUGUGAUAGGGACAGUUGUGUGGUGGCCCGUGCAUGUGUGUGCAUGUGCACGGGUUACGUGUACACGUGUGUGUGCCUUCCUCCCGGGGACCCCAGGUGGGGCCACUGCGGCGUGGGUCUCCUUCGGCUCCUCCUCUGGGGACGCGCCCCCUGCCGUGCGCCCAGGGGCCAGGCUCACGGGGGGUCCCAGCCAAGAGCCACGUCUGGGGCCACAUGUUCCCCUUCUGUCCCUUUGUGUUCUCGCCUGGGGAGCAGGCACGGGCCUCUCAAGUGGAUUGAAAAAGCGCUAAGUUUAAUGCGUUACAGGAAUGUAAUUGUAUUUUUAUUGCUCAUUACGUUUCGAGUUAAUUACAUAGCAACCAGGCUUGCGCUUCACCGCAUCUCAGCCGAGUCAGGUGCUGCCUCUGGUGCAGUGACUUCCGACCCCGGCUCAGGCUCCGCCCGCAGCAGCGUCUGGAACACCCGCUCUGGUCCCCAAGGCGUCCUCGUCUCGUCAGGACGGGUCCCCCAUCUGGGCGGGGGGCGGGCAGUGCCAGGGGCUCCACCUGCCGUGUCGUUCCAGAAGCUUCUGCCAGCUUUGCCCCUGCCCAGACUCCCCUGCCAGGCCCUGACGUGGGGUCUCUCCCUGAUGGGACCGCCAGGGCCGACCAGGCCAGGUGACCGGGCCAGCUGGGCUCAGCUCCACUACCUGCGGGAAAACAGGUGGGGCAGGCAGUGGGGGGGCGUUCAGGCAGCAGCGGGCACACGCCCCAGAGCUCCGUGCUGAGGGCCCCCCACCCGUGUAAUUGUUGGGACCCUCCAGCCACUGGGACCACGUGCCUUUCCGUGCGUGGGGCUGCCUCCGGAGCCCCUCCUUGGAGAGAGAUGUGACGGGAAAUCCUGCCGAAUUUAUCCUGGGGCACGGAUCGGAAAAACAGGCCAAGCGCGUUUCCAAGGGUGCUGCUCUGCUGUGCGAGUGUGCAUGAGUGUGAGUGCACGGGCGACUGUGUGUGCUUCCAGGGAGGAAGUACCCCCAGAGACGCCGCCGUGUGCCCGUGGGGGUCCCCCGGGCCCUCCCCAACCUCCGCACUGUGCUCGGUGCAGACCAGCUGUGCUGACCCGGCAGAACCCCUGGGACCUGCAGGGGCUGAGCCUCGCUCGGAGCCUGGCCCGCGGGGCCCCCUGGGGCACGUCACGGAAUCGGCACCAGCUGCUGGGCUAGAACCUUCCAGAACUCGGGCCCCGGGUCUCUUCAUCCUCCUUCGUGGGUGGCAGCCUCGGCGGCCAUGCCCCACGGGGAGGGUGGCGGGCGCAGCACCUGGGCCCAGCACUGCAGAGGGUCUGCGUAGAGAUGCAGUCUCCUGUGUGGAGACUCCCAUGGCCUCAAGCCUGAGGCCAGUGUGUCCGAAGCGGCUUCACGCCGAAAACAGUGCCGUCUCGUGGCUCGGUCACCCUGUCACGAGGCCGGGUUUGCUUUGCCCACACACCAGGCUCCCCAGCGCCCCCAGAGCCAUCUCAGCCCCAGUUGCUCCUUGUUUAAACUCCUCAAAUGUCCUUGAAGGGACAAGGAGCCUCUCCAAACACGAGCUGGACACCAUUCCCACACCAUAAACUACAAACAAUGUCCCCUGCCGUCCCGGACCCGAUGCCCCGACCGCCCACCCCUGGGCUCCGCUGGACCAGGAGAAGCCCCAGCAUCUGGCUGAGGUGUUGACGGCCAUUUCCACGGCUUUCUCAUCGGGUGUCGGUGUGUGGGAGAAAGGCGGAGCCUUGGCCUGCAGAGUUUGCCCGUUGGGCCAGAAAGUGCCGUCUGCCCUGUUCUGCUGCC